CGCGCGGUUUAAAGAUGGCGGGAGCGGGCGAGACGUCCCUGCGUGAGGCGGGCGCUGGUUGCCGGCCCCGUUCGCCCCUGUCGGCUGAGGUGGAGGCCGUGGCCGCCGAGUGGAUGUUGGAGUUCGCCUGCUGCUGCCUGUGCCGGCACUUCGGUGCGGCGCCCGCGGCCGAGUUCCGGCGGUGGAGUGCUGUGGCGCAGGCUCUUAUUAAAGGCUGCUCCAAAAUACCUACACAUCAGAAAAAAAUGGUUCACCUCUGUCAGCUUUUGAUAAGAAUUGUGAAAGGAAGAAACCUCGGUAAAUACUCUGAUUCUUUCUUUUUCACUUGUUUAAAUAGUUGCAUGAACUUACACAGAGACUGCUACUUUGAAGACGAUCAAAGAAUUUCACCUUUGGAAUCUGCUCUGUCUUUCUGGACUUUACUUGAAAGGGAAGAACUUAAACUGGAAAAGCUUCAUGAAGAUAUUCGUCGCUUGAUUCAAAUUCAGAUUGUAGCAGUCUAUAUGGAAAAUGGGUAUUUUAAGGAGGCUGCUGAAGUUCUUGAAAGGCUGUUUACAGACUCGGAAUCAGAUAAGUCUUUAAGGAUGAAGCUGGCAACCAUAAUUAAAAGCAAGGAUCCAUAUGUUCCCCUUCUCCAAAGCUUCAGUUAUGAUCUUUUGACAAGUAAAAUCAAGUCUUACAUUGAACUUUUCAGGAAACAAAAUGAAACUAACUUCUUAAUACAGGCAGCCACCAAACAGGUGGAGUCUAAAGGACUGGGAGCAACAGCAUUGCAAAACAAAACCAUGAAUGUCAGUGAAAAUGAUGAAAAUAGUUUGGAAACAAAACAAAGAUCAGUGAAAGAGCAACAGUGUAUUACAAAUCAGUCAACUGGAGACAUAAACCCCACAGUAAGGCAUCAUUCAGGACAGAAACAGAGAGUGAGCAGGGUUCUUCAGAGUCUGAACAGCUUGCAAAAUAGGCAACAACAUGGAGAUACUUUGGCUUGUGGCCGAAGAAGACAGAAAUGGACUUACAAAGAAGACUUGGAACUGAAAUCAGGAGUAAGGGAGUUUGGAGUGGGUAACUGGGCUAAAAUUUUGGUCCAUGGUGACUUCAACAACCGAACUAGUGUCAUGUUAAAAGACCGGUGGAGAACAUUGUGCAGGAUUGAACAAGAUUAGUUUGGACUACAGGAGUCAACUCUUCAUCUUUCCCUACAUAAGGGCCUAGUCUAGCUUUGCAGAAUAACUUCUUCUAGUCUCAGAGCAUCCAGCAGUGUUGCUGUCCUAAACCAUGAAACAGAAUAGUUAUAAAAAGUUCAUGUAAGGUCACUUGUUUGGGUAGUGAUGACUUAAACAAAAAGCCUGUUCUAUCUAUAUGAAACAGGUGACCUGAUUUCUGACAUGUGGAAAAGCUCGCAUUGAUUUAAGAAAGAUCAAGUGUGUACAUGGCAGUAUUAAAUGUCCAGUAACGUGUUUAGCUUGGUAGAGGCUAAUACAGAGUCAAGUGUUCUGUAAUUCUGGAAGGUGGUAUCUCCAGUCAAAUUGAGCUCUUUAUAAUUUUACUAGCCAUAAUAACCAGUUCUAAUCUGGUGUAUGUCACUUAGAAAUUUUGUCAUCUCUGUCAGUAAGUUAUAACAAAAAAAUAUGUAUGUAUUGGUAUUGCUAAUUUUACAAACUGAUUCCUGGUUUUUUAGUUAAAAAUGUGGUACUCUGUGUAUUCUUAUAAGCAGUAAACAUGCUGGGUAUUUUUAUUUUCUUUUAAGAAUUAAGCUGAAGUUCUAGGUAGAAGAUUAUUUUGAACUUGUGUAUAUUGGCAUAAUAGCACUUACUGUCUUGCAGAAGAGGUGGAAAACAUGGAAAGUGUACUAGCUUUUAAUAUCUCUUGGUUCUCUUAUGCCACCUGCCUUCUAUUGAAAGAAGUGACUUAGACUAGCAGGAAAGGGAGAUCUUGAAAAUGAAUGGCUGAAGUGGGACUCGGUGAUGAAUGUAUACUGACGCUGAUAACACAGCUCGUGAGACAUGUUUCAUCUAUGCUCUCCACUGUCUCUGGCUGCAGUGACAACAAACAAAGAUUGGCUCAGAUGCAGGUAUCAGAAUGUUAGUUGGUCACUGUAAACGUCCUUUUAGUGAGAGACCCUAACAGAUGGAUGAUGGUAAUACACUGUUUCUCUUGAUUCACAUUGUGCAGAAAAGAGUUCCCCAACCUCAAAAAGCUGAUACUUUCCACUAUCAUAAUGGUGUGAAUCAAGUGACUUGAACUAACAUAUCACAGUGUUCUUUUAAAAGUGAAAUCUCUUCAAUUCAGAUAUCUUCUAUACCUUUAUCCUUGGAUAAGGUUUUUAUUUUACAAGAACCUUACAAGGAAAAGCAUCUGCCUAAACCUCUCAGAGGUACCUUUUUCCUGGCUACAAAGAAAGAAAUAUAUUCUUGUUCAGGAUAUAUUAAGAUAACCUUGCUGCCUCCUGUUUUAGAGGCCUUUUUGCAUUAAGAUAAAAUAGUGAAGUACAGUUACAAAGGUCUGUUUCACACUCCUGCUGUGGAUCAGACCUCAGCCAGAUCACCUUCCUCAUUCUUGCCACCAAACACUGUGGUUUCUUCUUGCAGCUGCUAGAAACAGCAGCAAGCAGUAGUCUUUAGGUUCUGCAGAGAUGCUGAAUGUAUUAACAGUAAAUUUUCUCAACCCUAGGGCAUAAUUCCUUUUUAGCAUACAUCAUGAAUUUCAGGAUCUUGAGAAAAUAAGCCUUUGUCCUUCAUCAAGGAAUGCUAGCACAUCUGCAAACCAACAGUUUAAGAAAGUUAUAGCAGGUUUCUGACAAAUGAGAGUGCAGUAUGCAGCUUCUUUAAAGCUGUAACAAUAAUUCAAGGUAAGUUAUAGGUAACAAAACAAGGAUUUGAGCUACCUGCAUAUAGCAGUCUUGCCAGUGCUCUAAUUUUGCAGGUUUCUACAUUCAACAUUGUACCUAAGCAGUUUUAACUAGUAAUUAGUAACUUUGUGUAAUGUUAGCCAAGGUAGUAGUCAAAGUCUUGCUUAGGUUUGUCUGCAAUAAAGGUUCCCACUGUGUAUUAGUGA